GUCCAGCCAACUCAAGGAAAGAGGGUAAUAAAUGGACCUGGGUCAUCGUAGAAUUUGACCAACCUCAGGAAGAAUACUCGAACCAUCUUUAAUAACUUGCAAGCUCAGCUGGACAGUAGUUUUCAGCAGCUGUCUUGAAACUGGAGGAUUUGGUUAAUUGUUGCUGUGACAGAUGACUAACGGUGACCCAGGAAAUUCUAAUGACCCGGUUUUUCUCAGCAAUGCUCCAGACUUGCAAAGCUUCUUUAAAGCCUCCCCAGCCACUAUGGAAGAUAUGAAGAGUUCCACUCAGGGGACCACGCUGAAGCAACAAGGCUUUCACGAGGUGCACAAAAAAAAGACUUUCUUACAGGAUAACAGCUGGAUAAAGAAACGUCCUGAAGAAGAAAGAGAUGAAAAUUAUGGGAGGGUGGUGCUCAACCGACAUAACUCCCAUGAUGCCUUGGACAGGAAAGUAAAUGAUGAGCCAAAAGCCACAAUUAGUCGGUACAGAUCUGAUGAUGCUUUGGACAGGAUCUCAGACAGAAAUGAUACAGCUAAAACAUAUAAGGCCAAUACUCUGGAAAACCGACUAACUAAUAGGCAACCUAGAGGUUUGUUCAGUACAAACACCACCAAUGCCCCGGCUUCCACCUCUGCUACAACACCUGUGAAGAAAAAGAGACAGUCCUGGUUUCCACCACCCCCUCCUGGUUAUAACAUCACUGCAAGCACAGCAGCAAGCAGAAGGGAACCAACUGUUCACCCUCCAGUACCUCCAAAGCCCAGUUCUCCAAUUUCAUCUUCUAACCAGCUAAGACAUGAUAAUAGGAGUCAGGAUCUUGGGAACAUCGUGAAGGUGGCCACUUCCCUUCAGAAAACUGACAAGGGUAAAGAAAUAGAUAAUGUCAUCAAAAUGAACAAAAGCCUGAAUAGAAAUCAAGGUCUUGAUGGUCUCUUCAGAGCAAAUCCUAAAGCAGAGCAAACAGAGAAAAGAGCCAGAAGCCUUGAAAAUCUCAUUUUUAUGAAUACUUGGACAGUCAAAGAAGGCAAAGGAAAACAAGACCCCAAUGGACUUACCAAAGUGAAUCCUGAAACAAAUACAAGUAUCAAGAGGGGCCACAGCCUUGACAAUCUCAUCAAAAUGACCCCUAAAGUAAACAGAAGUAACCCAGGUUCCAACAACCUUGAUAGCCUCAUCAAAGUGGAUCCAAAAACAGAAAAAAACGGGCACAGGGGUCAAAGUUUUGACAGCCUCAUCAAAGUGGCUCCUGAAAAAAGCAGAACUAACCAAGGUGAAGAAGGUCUUGCUGAACUUAUUAAUGUAAGCCCCAAAGCUGUCAAAAACAUGGCUGGAAAUGAAGAUCUUCAUAAGCUCAUCAAAGUGAAUCCUGAAACACUCACCAACAACCAAAGAAACCAGGAUCUUGAGCUCAUCAAAGUAAAUCCUGCAGUCAUCAGAAGCAAUCAGAGAGACCAGGACAUGAAAAUUUUAACUGAUGUAAAUUCUAAUGUGUCUAAAAACAAGAAUGGAAGCUCCAGGGCUGAGACCAUGCGCACGGGACCAAAGAAUACUGUUGUGUACACAAGGACGUAUGUGGAGAAUAGUAAAUCACCAAAGGAGAGAUAUCAGGAGAAUAUCUCUGGAAAAUACAUACAAACUGUUUAUUCAACUUCAGAUAGGUCUAUCAUUGAAAGAGAUAUGUGUACUUACUGCCGAAAACCCUUGGGCACAGAAACUAAAAUGAUUUUGGAUGAAUUACAAAUCUGCUGCCAUUCCACUUGCUUCAAGUGUGAAAUAUGCAAACAGCCUUUGGAAAACCUACAAGCAGGUGACAGUAUUUGGAUUUACAGACAGACAAUACACUGUGAACCUUGCUACUCUAAAGUUAUGGCAAAGUGGAUUCAAUAGUCCUGGCACAUGGAAACCAAGAUGAAAUCAUUCAUUAAGUAAUUAAAAUUUUUAUUUUAGGACUAUGUAAUUUAGAUAAGCUUUUACACCAAAGAUCGGCUCUUGUAUACAAUGAACAAUUCUGCUAUUGUUCAAAUAACCUAAUUGCCUUCAAUAAGGUCAUAUACACAACGGGGACCAUGUGGUAUCUGGCUAGAUUUAGCAAUAAAUUCAAGUGGUUCCAGCCACCAGUGUCAAAGGAAUGAUGCUUCUGAUGGCAGCGAGCAUUGUCACUCCUAACCAUAUCCACGUCUGCCCUGGAUUCAGGCUAUUCAUCAUGGUUUUCAUUGUAGACGUGUCUCUCAUUUUCUUACCUUUGUUUCCCUAAGGAUUUGGAUUUACUGACAAUAUUGACAUCCUGACAAACUGUCAAGAAAGCAAGAUAUGUUUCCUUCAUGUACAAAAGAAAUGUUGAAGGAAAUUUUCUUACAAAAUUUGUCAGAAAGUUGUUAACAUAUAAAGUUAUAUAUAGACUCAGAAAAACUUGAAUUUUCCAGAUCUCUGUGCCAUUAAUCUAUCAUAUGAGAGACAUUGGACAAAAUGACUCCUAAGGCCCCUUUCCACUCCCCAAAUUAUCUGAUUCUAAAGCAAGUUUUUGUUUGUUCUUUAGAAAUACAUCUGAAUAUGUGUUUGUUAAACAUAUUGAACUAGAUAGGAUAUCUAAACAUUUAAUCUUAAUGGAAUCCUUCAGUUUAUCACAGACAUAAUUUUUAUUGAAUGUGUUUUAAAAACAGAAAGACAUAGAUUUAUGUGUAAUGGAUAAAAUCAUAUGACAUGGAUAGAUUACAUAUUUGUUAAAUUUUUCUUUGCAUGCAUUUAAAAAUCUGGGUAUAUAACUAAUCUUUGAGAAACAAUGGUUAUGGACUCUAAAGACAUGUUCUUUAGCAUGUUACCUAUGUUCAUAGUACAUAGCACUUUAUAAUUACAAUCAGCUUAUAAAAAUAAAAUGAAUGAUCAGUUA